UCUGUUUUGGAAUCGCGAGACCCCGCAACAGCUCGAAGUUUGUCCCUCUGGGGCUUCCGUAGCUGUUUCUGUCACUGUCAUCAUCAGCAGCAGUAUGGCGAGCUCCAGUGGUGUAGUGAUGGACGGGGACUUCUUGAGACAUGCUGAAUACACACCGAAAUCCAGCGGGCAGAGUGAGACAGAUGUUGACAAACGCCUUGGUGGCUGUCUGAUGGCAGUGGGUCUGGGAGUUGCAGCGGCAGGGUUUGCAGGUCGAUAUGCAUUCCACUUAUGGAGGCCUUUGAGUCAGGUUAUUACGGAAGCUGCUAAGAAGGUACCCACUUCGUCAGUUUCUGCAUACUACAAAGGUGGAUUUGAGCAGAAGAUGACCAGCCGGGAAGCCAGCCUUAUUCUCGGGAUCAGUCCGAGCAGCACUAAGGCAAAGGUACGGGAAGCCCACAGAAGGAUCAUGGUCCUAAAUCAUCCAGAUAAAGGUGGAUCCCCGUAUUUGGCAGCUAAGAUCAAUGAAGCGAAAGAUCUGCUUGACUCUGGCCCUCGCCGUUGACCCAGCUUCCCCAACAGAGACUUACAUCUACUUCAGAGCCGCCAACUUACCCAUGAGCCUCCACAAGUCACUGUUCUCCUCCAUGUUUUUCUGCCAUAAAUCAGCUGACUUUCAGCACAUUGCGCUCUGUUCUAGCUGUCACUGCUCCUCACCGCCACUGUAAUGCAAGUCGGCAAAGGUUGAUCCUUCACGUAAAACAAUCUUCAUGCUGUCCAUGUGAAAUAUCUCACUGUAAUCUUUAUUAUUUAUUGAGGUGACUUCUGUAAUGUUUAAGGUCUGCUGUAAAAUCUGGUGGAUACAGUAUAUUAUUUCCAAUGGUCUAAAAAGUUUUCCCCUAAUCCGCAGGGAGUGGCUAUUGUGAGUGGCUAUUUUUAUAUUUGUUUAUACGCUGCCAUUUUCCUCCUGCUGUGCUCUGACUGAUGCCUGUCUGGUCUGCACAUGAUCUGACGGAUCCACGCAGGAACGGAGCAGCUGGGAUUAAACAGAGGGACAGUCUGGACACUGUUUGUCAGGCUGAGAUUAAUAACCACGAUUCAAGCUGCACAAACCAGUAACACGUUAUUGCAAAGGGAAUAAAAAGCAAGCAGCAGUGAAAGAAAUUGCUUCUAGAAUGCAUUUUAGAUUUCAUUUCCUUGAGAGCAAUGUCGAGAUACAUUCAGAAUAGAGUAUUAGCUUGUGCCUACUGCCUACUCUAUUUCCAAAAUAACUUGUCAAAUGAAGGCAUUAUUACAUCAUAAACACACCAAGCAGUUUUAUGCUUUGUUGCUGUCAUAUGAUCUCAUUGUUUUAGAUGUGAGAUGCAUCCAGUCAUUAUAAUGGAAAACGGAUAUGGUUGUAAUCAAUUAAAUUAAAUUUAAUGCAAAAAUAACUACCACUUUGUUUAAAUGCAUCCUAGUUACAAAUUACAUGUAUUUCACUGCAAUAAUAAUAAUAAUAAUCACCUAGUUAGACUUAAGAAAUGUAGUUGCUGCUACAAUUAUUUUGAUGAUACUAAAGCACAUGUAAAGUGAUAUAGAAAAACACACUAAGGUUAAAAUUGUAAUUUAUUGCAUAGUAAGUUAAUAUAUUUAAGUAUGCUAAAUUGCAACUUAAUCAUUACACAUGUGUAAUUACAAAUAUAUUUUAAUAGAAAUUAUCUUAUUGGUCCCACUUUAUAUUAGGUGGCCUUAACUACUAUGUACUUACAUAAAAAAAUAAGUACAAUGUACUUAUUGUGUUCAUAUUGUAUUGUUAAACACUUUUGCUGCUAUUGAGGUGGGAUAGGGGUAAGGUUAGGGAGAGGGUUUGUGGUAUGGGUAAGUUUAAGGGUGGGUUAAGGUGUAAAGUAUGGGUCAUUGGUGUAAUUAUAAAUGUAAUUACAGAAAUUAAAUACAGAUGUAAUUACAUGUAGUUUUUUUAAUAUAAGUAAAAUGUAAAAACAUGUAUGUACACAAUAAGUACAUUGUACUAAAUUAUUAAUUAAAAUGUAAGUACAUAGUAGUUAAGGCCACUUAAUAUAAAGUGGGUCCAUUGCAUUUAGUAUAAAUUUAAAUUAUAAUUCAUUGUAGUUUUCUUGCAGACAACAUGCAUUUAAGUGUCUGAAAACAUUACAUUUAGUUUGCAGUUAUGUAAUUAUUUUUUAAUUAUAUUAAAUGCUCUUUUAAUGCUUAAAUGCUAUUUUUUUUUAAAGUAUGCUACUUUCUUCACAAAGAUAGUCUAUAUAAUAUGUAAGUUUUCCACUUGCUGCUUAUGAGACCCAGCCACUGAAUUUCUGCUGCAAAACAGGAGGUUAUCUUUGUUCGUUGUUCCAGAUGGACUAACAUGAACAUUAAGCCAGAUCGUUGCAGAAUGAAUGCGAGUUGAAUGUCAUGGAAAGACUGGAUUGGUCCAGUUCAGUUUCCAAAUGUUCUGUUUGAUUAUUGCAGCAAUGAAAGCUUGUGAAAGCUUGAGCCUACAAAUAAAGCCCAUUGAGGUGUGUUUGGCACACUUAUGAAAUACUUGCCACUUUGAGUGUUGCCCUGCUCUGGCCUCGCUCCUGUAGUUGGCUUUAUUUACUGCCACAGCCUGCUUCCUUUUGCCUGACCCUGUUAAAACUGAUCAAAAGCUAGAGCGUUGCUUGCCAGGACAGAUAACUGGGAAUGUUGUCCCACACUGUGUGACACGAAACCUGUCAUUGUCCUGACUUCAUGUAUAACAGGGAUAAAAACCCUGAUUCUG